CGGCCGCGCGCUAGGAUGCUGCGCCAGGUGUUGCAGGCGGGCCUGGGGGGCUCCUUCCACGCGCUGGGUCGCUUCGUCGCGAGCCACCCGGUGUUCUUCGCCUCCGCGCCCAUGCUGCUCUCCAUCUUGCUCGGCGCGAGCUUCAGCCGGUACCGCGUGGAGGAGAACGUCGAGUACCUGCUCGCGCCGAAGCACAGCCUGGCGAAGAUCGAGGGCAACCUCGUGGAGAGCCUGUUCCCCGUGAACCGCUCCAAGCACGCGCUUUACUCCGACCUGCAGACCCCCGGCCGCUACGGACGCGUCAUCGUCACCGCGCGCAAGGGCAGCGUGCUGGAUCCGGUGCACCUGGACACCAUACUGACGCUUCACCGCCGGCUGUACCAGAUGCAGGUCACGGUGCCGGCCAGCAGCGCCAGCAGCUUCAACUACUCCUUCUCCUCGCUCUGCCUGCCGGACGACAACAACGCCUGCAUCAUCGACGACAUCAUCCGCUCCAUGCAGGGCAUCCAGGCGGCCCGCGCCGCCAACCACACCCCGCCCCCGCUCAAGUACCCAAUCACGCGGCUGGCAGACGGGCGGCAGGCCUACAUCGGCCACCAGCUCGGGGGGGUGCAGGGCUGGGGCCCCAUGGCCAAAGGGGACGGCGUGCGUUCGGCGCGCGCCCUCCAACUCACCUACUACCUCCAGGCGCACACCAGUUUGAUGGACAAGGUGGCCGGCCAAUGGGAGAUGGCCUUCUGCGCGGAGCUGCAGCAUUUCGGCGCGGCGCACCCCAAGCUGGGCCUGUACCCGUCCACGUCGUCGUCCCUGCGGACCGACUUCCAGCAAUCCUCGGUGUUGGCGCGGCGCCCCCUGCUGAUCAGCUUGGGGCUGUGCAGCGUCCUGGCGGUGCUGUGCUGCUCCAUGAGGGACUGUGUGCGGGCCAAGCCCUGGCUGGGCCUGCUGGCGCUGCUGUCCAUCACGCUGUCGGGACUCACCGCCGCGGGGAUCCUCAACCUGACCGGGGCCACGUACAACUCCACCUACCUGGGCAUCCCCUUCGUCAUGCUGGGCCACGGGCUCUUUGGCUCCUUCGAGAUGCUGUCGUCGUGGCGACGGACGCGGGAGGACCAGCACGUGAAGGACCGCGUGGCGGCCGUCUUCGAGGACGUGAUGCUGCGCUUCUCGGGCUCCACCCUGCUGCACCUGACGGCGCUGGGCCUGGCCGCCUCGCCGCUCACCAACAUGGAGGCCGUGCGCCUCUUCUGCCGCACGGCCUCGCUGGGCGUGGCCGUGGGCUACGUGUACACGCUGUCGCUGUACGGCUCCUGCCUGGUGUUCACCGGCUACCUCGAGACGGGCUACCGCCACGGCUGCUUCUGCCGCCGCGUGCCCAAGCCCGAGCGGCUGGACGCCAAGCCGGCCUGGUACCGCUGCCUCAUGUACACGCGCUACGAGGAGGAGACGGCCGGCCCUCACGCCAGCCCGCCGCGCAGCUACGCGCACGACAACGCGCACGGCGACGCGCACGGCAACGCGCACGGGGACGCCGUGCACGGGAAUGUGAACGUGCACGGGAAUGUGGACGUGCACGGGAAUGUGAACGUGCACGGGAAUGUUAAUGCGCACGCUCACAGGAACGCCCAUGGGAACGCCCACGGGAACGCCAUCGGUCACUCGGCGGUCAAUUCCGGCGCCACGCACGUGCACGCCGGGAGCCUCCAGGGCGCCCACGGCAACAGUCACGUGACUCACUCGACGGCGGCACACAUGCACGCGCAUCCUCACUCCCACCCACACAUGCAGCCUCACGACUCCCACCUGCUGCUGGGCUGCAUGCGGCGUUGCUACGGCGACUGGAUCACCAACACCUACGUGAAGCCCUUCGUGGUGCUGCUGUACCUCGUUUACAUCUCCUUCGGCCUCAUGGGCUUCAUGCAGGUGACCCAGGGCUCCGACCCCAGCGCCCUGGUUGCCAUGGACACGGCCACGGUGCUGUACGCGCGGGCCCAGCAGCGCUACUUCAGCUCCUACUCGCCGGUCAUCGGCUUCUACAUCUACGAGAGCGCCCCCUACUGGAACGCCUCGGUGCAGCGGGACCUGCUGGAGUACACCAAGGGCUUCCAGAGGAUCAGCUGGCUGGAGUCCUACCUGGGAUACCUGUCGGAGCUCAACCAGUCCACCAGCCAGCCGCGCCACAACUUCACCCGCACGCUGCGCCUCCACUUCCUGCGCCAGCCGCGCUACGCCCACUUCGCCGACGACAUCAUCUUCGCCGAGCGGGGCGCGGGCGAGGAGCCCGAGGUGGCGGCGUCGCGCGUCUUCCUGGUCGCCAAGACGACGGAGAACAAGCGGGAGGAGAUGUCGGUGCUGCUGGACACGCUGCGGCGGCUGUCGCUGACGUCGCGCGUGCGCUUCCUCAUCUUCAACCCGUCCUUCGUGUACCUGGACCGCUACGCGGCGGCCGUGGGCUGGCCCCUGCGCCACUCCCUGCUGGCCGUGCUCUUCCUGCUGGGCCUGGCCUCCCUGGCGCUGGUGGAGCCCCUGGUGGCCGCCUGGCUGGGCCUGACGCUGCUGUCGGUGCAGUUCGGCGUGGUGGGCUUCAUGACCCUGUGGGGGGUGGAGCUGGACUGCGUGUCGGUGCUCUGCCUCAUCUCCACGCUGGGCCACGCCGCCGACUGCAGCGCCCCCCUGCUGUGCGGCUUCGCGGGGGGCCGCGGGGAGAGCCGGACUCGCUGGGUGCGCGUGGCGCUGGAGCGGCACGGCGUGGCCUCCCUGCAGGCGCUGCUCUGCUACGCCGCCGCGCUGGCGCCCGUGGCGUGCGUGCGCUCCAACCUCACGCGCACCAUCUUCCGCUGCCUGGCGCUGGCGGCGGGCUGCUCGGCGCUGCACACGCUGGCCUUCCUGCCCACGCUGCUCACCUUCCUGCCGCCCGCCAAGUCCAAGGACGCGCCGGGCGGGCGGGGGCCGGGCAGCCCCCGGCAGGAGGUGGAGUGCGUGGAGAUGAACGACAGCACGCGGGUGGUGGACCAGAUCACCACCGUCUGA